CAACGAUCGUCUGCACAUGGAGAACAAAAAUUUCGAAAUUACAACUCCAUUUGUUGUAGUCUAAUAACUCUUCUUCUUUCUGCUCUAAAUUUUUCUUAAUCAUUUGCACAUGGUUCUUUUUGUUAUUUUUUUCUUCAGAUUCAGUGAUAAAUUUGUGAUCACUCGGUAGCUCAUGACGUUGAAACCCUAAUGCUAGAAAGACCCAGAUCGAUUUAACGAUACAACUAUCAAUUCAUGCAGUUUUUUCUGUAGCCAUCGUUUACUCUCUCCUGGUUCUUGUCUGGUAUUUCUUACAUUGGGGGACCUAUUGUUUCGACGCCGUUGCAUGCAAAACAUCGAUGUUUUGUGUUCUUUGUUGUCACUGUUAGAGGGUAGGCAUCAAUGUCAAUUAUAUGUGGCCUGCCGCUAAUCGAGUGCGUUUACUGUCUGGCUUGUGCACGCUGGGUGUGGAAAAGGUGCCUUCAUACUGCUGGCCAUGACAGUGAGACAUGGGGCCUUGCAACCGCCGAAGAAUUUGAGCCUGUUCCUCGAAUGUGUCGCUAUAUUCUAGCUGUUUAUGAAGAUGAUAUUCGGCAUCCCCUUUGGGAACCCCCGAGUGGGUAUGGGAUCAACCCUGAUUGGUUAAUUGUCAGAAAAACUUAUGAAGACACUCAGGGACAGGCUCCUUCGUAUAUACUAUAUCUCGAUCAUGAUCAUGCUGAUAUCGUCCUUGCCAUUAGAGGUCUUAAUUUGGCGAAAGAAAGUGAUUACCAAGUGCUUUUGGAUAAUAAGCUGGGUAAAAGGAAAUUCGAUGGUGGAUAUGUUCAUAAUGGACUCUUGAAAGCUGCUGGAUGGGUUUUGGAUGCUGAGUGUGAUGUUUUGAAGGAACUUGUGGAGGAGUAUCCGAAUUAUACUUUGACAUUUGCAGGACAUUCUCUCGGGUCAGGCGUAGCAGCCAUGUUAGCGUCGGUGGUUGUCCGGCAUCAGGAUAAACUGGGAAACAUUGACAGGAGGAGGAUCAGCUGCUAUGCUAUUGCGCCUGCAAGGUGCAUGUCGUUGAAUUUAGCAGUCAGAUAUGCAGAUGUCAUCAAUUCUGUAGUUCUUCAGGAUGACUUCUUGCCGCGAACAGCCACGCCUUUAGAAGACAUUUUCAAGUCACUUUUCUGUUUGCCAUGCCUUCUAUGUCUGAGAUGCAUGACGGAUACUUGUAUACCAGAGGAAAAAAUGCUUAAAGAUCCAAGGAGGCUAUAUGCACCCGGUCGCCUCUAUCACAUUGUUGAGCGAAAACCUUUCAGAUUAGGAAGAUUUCCUCCGGUUGUGAGAACCGCAGUUCCUGUGGACGGAAGGUUCGAGCACAUAGUUCUUUCUUGUAAUGCCACCUCGGACCAUGCUAUAAUAUGGAUCGAGAGAGAAGCUCAGAGAGCUAUGGAUUUAAUGCUGGAGAAAGAUAGGAUCAUGGAGAUCCCAGGGAAACAGAGAAUGGAACGGCAGGAGACAUUGGCAAAAGAACACAUUCAAGAGUACAGAGCCGCACUGCAAAGGGCUGUUUCAUUAUCAAUUCCCCAUGCUUAUUCACCUUCCAAAUACGGAACUUUCGACGAAUCCGAGGAAGGCGAUAACUCCUAUAAAUCAAGUAGCGAGUCGUCGUUUGGAUCAUCGAGUAGAAGCAAGAACAAAGAAAGCUGGAACGAAUUGAUCGAAGGCUUAUUCGACAAAGAUGAAUCCAGGCACAGGGUGUUCAAGAAAUCACAUACCAAUCACUGGUGAUUGUAAAUUUUAGGAGUAACACCAAUAUAAGACUUGAAACAGUAUGAUGUUUGCAAUGAACAACAUUCAUUGAUUCAUUCGUAUUCAUUCCCCA